AGUCAUGACAAUGAACCAAGAAUAAGCAGUUAAGAGCAAUGGAUAGUCCAUGGCAGAUUGUCAGAUACCAUGCUCUUUUUUUCCCAUUUUUAAUAUGGGAAAGAUGCUUUCUUUUGGAGGUAUGGCCCAGAAAAAGAGGUCAACUAUGUAACAUCAUCACCAACCAAACCAUUAUUGUGGAACCCAGGGAAAAAAAAACCAUUCUUGUUGAAGAAGAAGAAGAAGAAGAAGCAGCAAAAAUGGAUAAGAAUUUAAGCUCCAAGUAUAUGGUAUGCCUGGUGACUUCCAUAAUUCUGAACAUUUUGGCAAUUAUUAAUGUAUAUGUGGGUGAUGGUUGGGAUCUGUCAUGGACCAAAAGAGCUGCAACUGAAGCAGAGGCUGUGGCAGCUAUCUACUGCUCAGGCCAUGGAAGAGCCUACAUGGAUGGCUUGGUUCUUGAUGGAAAUCUCCCUGUUUGUGAGUGCAACUCUUGCUAUGGAGGCCCUGAUUGCUCUCAAUUCAACCCUACUUGUAUUGCGGAUGCUGAUGGUGGGGAUCCCUAUUUUUUGGAGCCCUUCUGGAUGCAGAAUGCAGCCAGUAGUGCACUUGUAGUAGCAGGGUGGCACAGGAUGGGAUACACAUACCAUGAUAAAUCCUUCAUCUCGGCCGAGCUCGAGAGGCACAUCCGUAAACUACAUGCCAUUGUUGGAAAUGCAGUCACUGAUGGAAGACGCAUUCUUUUUGGUGCUGGCUCCUCUCAACUCCUUAUCGCUGCGGUCUACGCCUUGUCCCCGGUUAAUUCCUCUUCACCUGCUGCAAGGGUUGUAGUCUCAACCCCUUACUAUCAGCUUUACAAGAUGCAAGCAGAAGUUUUCAACUCUGUGGAAUUCAAGUUUGAAGGAGAUACCUCAUUAUGGAUGAACAAUUCAGAUCCUAAUGUGAAUUUCAUUGAGUUUGUAACUGCACCCAAUAAUCCUGAUGGAAAACUGAAUGAGGCAGUUCUUCAUAGCUCUUACGCCAAGGCGAUUCAUGAUCGCGCUUACUAUUGGCCUCAUUUUACAGGCAUUCCUGCUCCAGCAGAUGAUGAUCUCAUGAUAUUUACCAUCUCCAAGCUCACCGGUCAUGCUGGCUCUCGAUUCGGAUGGGCAAUGGUGAAGGACAGAGCUGUGUAUGAAAGAAUGGUACAGUAUAUGCAAAUAAAUACGAUGGGUGUUUCGCGUGAUUCUCAAUUAAGAACACUAAAGCUUCUGAGAGUGGUUCUUGAAAGGGAAGCAAGAGAUUUGUUCGAUUUCGGUUACAAGACAAUGAGUAGUCGCUGGGAAACCCUAAGCAAGACGAUAUCAAUGUCGAAACGUUUCUCUCUUCAAGAAAUCCGUCCUGAAAAUUGCACCUAUUUCGACAGAAUCAGAGAAGCUUCACCAGGUUAUGCAUGGUUGAAAUGUGAGAGGAAUGAAGAAAAAAAUUGUUACAGAGUCCUGAAAGCAGGCAAUAUCACAGGUCGAGCGGGUAAAGUUUUCGGUGCAGAAGAUCGCUAUGUACGACUCAGCCUCCUCAGAAGCCAAGACGAUUUCGAUGUAAUGCUGCACCAUCUCAACAAACUGGUCUUGGAGGAAGGUGGUUCCAAGACUAUGUAGAGAAUAAUGGUGAUCCAAGUAAUUUUCUGCAAUGUCAUGGCUAUUGACCUGCUCUACUUCUACCCAUAAAUGGACAUCUCAAACGUCCAUAGAAGAGGUCAUCUCUGUUGACCUGCUUUCCUUUACAUAGAGAUUUCAUGCUUGUUUUCAGAACUCUGCCUAAGAGUCUUUGGAACACAUAAAACAGUAUUCUAAGAAAUGUGUUUUGGACUUGUGAUCAUCAAGUUCACUUAUUGGAUGUUGAAAACAUGAAUGGAAGAAGUUUCAAUUGUGAAAUCGAACCGAAAAACUGAAUAAACACCCCUACUUUCACUU